AUGUCGCAUCCAAUUGAAGACGAUAACAUGGUCAAACUUGAUCCAGCCAGCAUGGAAGCUGCUCAUCACGACGAAGGAGGGCCCUCAGUGAUGCCUGGUACUCUACAAAUCAGCAACCGCCUUCGAGAUCCCGAGUACCGGCGUCGUGUCGAGAAAAGCCUCAAGCGAAAGAUCGAUCUCCGAUGCAGUUUCUUCGUUUUAAUUUAUAUAUUAAACUACCUAGAUCGAUCCAACAUAGCUUCUGCUCGACUGAAAGGGUUGCAAGAAGAGCUGCGACUCAGCGAUCAACAAUACGCGACCUGCCUGUCGAUUCUUUACGUAGGAUACAUCCUGAUGCAGGUCCCUUCCAAUAUCUUCAUUAAUCGAAUCAGCCGGCCCUCCUUGUACAUUUCCAUCGCCAUGCUUCUUUGGGGUCUCAUCAGUACUUUAUCAGGAGUUGCCCGAAAUUUCGCGGACAUGGUCGUCAUCCGAUUCUUCCUCGGGUUUGUCGAAGCCGCCUUCCUCCCCGGCGCCCUUAUGAUCCUGUCCAACUGGUACACCCGUAAGGAGCUGACCGAGCGCAAUGCCGUUCUCUUCUGCGGCAACCUCAUUUCCAACGCCUUCUCCGCCCUCGUCGCCGCCGGCGUUCUCUCCAACAUGGACGGCAUCCUGGGUCACUCUGCCUGGCGCUGGCUCUUCUACAUCGAGGGUGCCGCCACUAUGGCCGUCGCAGUUGCUGCUGCCUUUAUCCUGCCCGAUCUGCCGCAUAACUCGCGCGGCUUCACCGAGGAGGAGCUGCAGGUCGCCCAACUGCGCAUGAUUGAGGAUGUCGGCGAGGCGGACGAGGACCAGAAGGAGGACGGCACGUUCGGUGGUCUGUUCAUGGCCACCCGCGACGUCAAGAUCUACCUCAUGAUGCUGACACUCACCGCCUAUGUUGUUGGCCUGUCGUUCAACGCUUACUUCCCGACCCUCACCAAGACUCUCGGUUUCCCCGAGAUUGAGACUCUGCUGCUUAGUGCUCCCCCAUGGGUUCUGUCCUGUAUCGUUUCGCUUCUCGUUGCUUGGCAUGCGGAUCGCACGCAGGAGAAGUUUUGGCACAUUGUCGGACCCAUCUUCAUUGGUAUCAUUGGCUUCGUUAUCAGCAUGGCGACAGGCAAUGUCGCCGCUCGCUAUGUUGCGCUGUUCCUCCAGGCUAGCUCCUACGCUGGGUUCAUCACCUUCUACUCCUGGAUCUCGUCCUCGUUCCCGCGCCCGCCGGCCAAGCGCGCCGUCGCCUUCGCCAUGAUCAACGCCUUCAGCCAGCUCGGCAACGUCGCCGGCUCGUACGUAUGGAACCUCAAGGACAACGGCUUCCGCAAGAGCUACGGCAUCGUCCUGUCCAUGUUCGGCAUCACCAUCGUCGGUGUCUUCGCCUUCCGCAUGAUCCUCGUCAACCUCAACAAGCGCAUCUCGGCUCGCGAGCUACUCGAGGACGAGGCCCGCACCGGCGAGGCCGAGGCGGCCACGCACACGCACGGCCCCGUGCACUGGUACGCACCAGAGGAGACGCUCAACAUGCCCCGCGGCUUCAGGUACUUGGUGUAA